AUGGCGUCGCAGAAAAGUUCCACUAAUCCGGCGCUGGCGGUAACGAACCGUAUCCUGCGCUCACCAUCCCACGAAAGCUUCUCCACCGACCUCUCGCUGAUAUCGAUUUCUGUUUCGUCAAUGAACUCGGAGGCAACAAGCGUCCUGAACCGGUCCAGCUGCAGUCUGCUCAACCGAACGAUGGAGGAAAAGCUGGGCAGUCUGUUGAACCCAAAGGACAGCAAAAGAAAUCGAUCGUCAACGCUGACCGAACGAUGGAACGAAAGUAACGAUCUCAUUCGCAACUGUGCCACACUGUCGGCGGCGCUGGGAAUUCACAAAAGCUUCAGCACCACCGACAUCUACCAGUUGCCAUCCGAUCAGCACAACCUGGGCCGUCUGUCCACCUCCGAGCUGGCGCUAACUCCGUUCCAGAAGGUUGGCUACCUAUUUGACCACUCCCGGCUUGAGCACGCUUCCCGUUCCUACUCGACGUGGGUUGCGGUCGGUGAGCUGGCGUCCACUUCCCAACUGCCCUCACCGCACGGUGGCCAAUCAUCGCAGGUUCCAACGCUCACAAGCGCCAACCAAACGCCCAGCUUCACCGUUACGGAUCUGAUCAGCUCGGUGAAUAAGAAAAUUCGACAGAACUACAUCCGCCGGAGACUGUUUACGACAUACCGUGCGCUGGAGCGGUUGUCCCAGAGCGAGUUCAAUCUCGAUCGCCUCGAGGCAGCCGCGUUUGCCGCCACCAAUCCCGGCCCGACGGAACUGAUCGUGCCAUCGAGCAUGUCGAACGCGUCGGCCUCACCGGUGGGUGGAAAAUCGACCAGCUCUCCGGGGCCACCACUGGGCGAGGUUGGUACCGUGCCGGAGCAUGGUGCGGUGCUGACGUUGAAAAAAUCCGGUACCAGUGGUGCCGGAACCGGUGCCAACCCACGCGGACACCACGGGCCCAAGAAACAUCUCACCUUUCACGAUAUCGAAAACGAACGGGGUAAGCCACUGUCGAAGUACGAGCGGCAUAUGCUGAUUUUUAACUGGCUGCACACCAUCGACGACACCGCACUGGAGGUGGAAAACUGA